AUGGGGCCCCCCGGCAAUAGGGGAUCAUUGGGCCCCUGUAUCCUCACCGACACUCAAACCAAAAAAAAAGCCUAUGAAAGGAGUGACAAUCAUGUGAAAAAGUAAGCACACCCCAUGAAAAGGGUUAAUUUUGUCAACAUAUUUGAACUGGCGAGCCUUUGGUCUCCAUUUGUCUACCGAUCAGGGGCGGACUGACAACUCAUGCGGCCUCCGGGCAAUAGGGGAUCAUGGGGCCCGUGUCCUCGCCCACACUCAAACCAUACCCAAAAAAGCCUAUGAAAGGUACCAGGGGCAUCUCAUGGGGCCCCCUACUGACCCGGGGCCCUCGGGCAAUGCCCGAGUUCCCAAAUGGUCAGUCCGCCCCUGCUACCGAUAUACGUAGAGAAUUUACACAAGUAAAACAU